AUGGCAAACAGAAAGCUACAAAAGGACAUAGAUGUCAUUUUCAAGCGAAUCCAAGAAGGUCUACAAGACUUCAACUACCAUUACGAAAGGUAUGAAAGUCUAACGAAUACCGAGGACGACUCAGAUAACCAACGAGAGAAGGAAAAAUUGGCAAAUGAUUUGAAAAAAGAGAUCAAGAAACUACAGAAAUUUCGAGAGCAGAUCAAGCACUGGCUACUGAAUGAUGCCGUUAAUACCUUGGGACCAGUGGGGACGUCGUAUAGUGCCAAACUUUCGGAAAACAAGAGUACUAUUGAGGAUGCCAUGGAAACUUAUAAACUAGUGGAAAAGCAGACGAAGUUGAAGUCAUUUUCAAAUCAGUCCAUUAUGAUGGCAUUUGCCGACAAUGAAAAUGGAGAAGAAGAGGAAGAGGAGAGUGAUGAGGACGAGAGCAGUGAGGAAGAAGAUGAAAGCCUAUACGACGAGUUGUCUGAGGAAGCAGUGGAUUUGAUUAGAUACUUUAAAGACUCGAUCUCACAACUUAGAGAGCAAACCGACAAGUUUACGCACGAGUAUGAAAAGUUGGCGUCAAAGAAGUUGCGAAAGAAUAAUCUUGCAACUAUUGAAGCCAAGAAGGAAAAGAUCCAAGCCACAAUAUCCAACAACAAGUUUCACCAAAAGAAGUUGCGUAAAUUGAUCAAACAGCUAAAGAAUGGCAUGGUUACUGAUUUCAACCUUAUUUUCGCAUUAAAGAAUGAUUUGGAGGCAUACUUGGACAAGAAUGGGGACACUGAUUUGACCAAAGAUACCGAGUUGUAUGACGAUAUCUUUAACCAAAUUUCAGCUGUAGAUGAAGACUAUUCUGAAGUCCAUGAGGACACGUUAACAGCACCAACAUCUGUAGACAGCGCUAGCGUGGUCAAGAAUGGUCAUAUUGAGAAAAAGUCGAAAUCGCCAACACCUACCAAGCUGUCGAGUCGAAGUUCAAGUGAGCAACCUGGCCAACCAAAUCAAACACAACAGCACCAACAGCACCAACAGCAGCCACAACACUCACAAUCGUCACAGCAGUCUCAGCACCUACCCAAAACCCAUCACGCUCAUUCUGCUCGUUCAAGCGAUGGAGGGGAGCAACGACACGUUUCUCAGACGCAUUCUAGCACACAAGCUGCAUUGCAUGCACCAAAUACUCACCAGAGUCCCGAAAUGGCAUCGCCGGCUAUUGUCAGAACGUUGAGACCAGCUACAACUCCCUCCAAACCAGUUGGUGGGCUCAAAUGGUCUGCAGCUGCAGCAGUCGGUUUACCCGAAACACCAGAAAAGCCUGUUCUCCAUGACGAGGCGGCGUUGGUGCCUGAUGUGGCGACCAGUGCAAAGCGCGAAGCAAGCGUGCCUUUCAAACAGUUGGAAUUGGAGGAGAUAGAUUUGGACAAGUACAAGGCCGUCAUUUCCAACUCUCCCUUGUCAAAGACUGAACACAAUUUAUUUUCCGAUAUGGAUUUGGUUCGUGUGCCCCCUGGAAUUCAGGACUUGGUGAUUUCAUUUGCUUCAAAACGAAACAAUGAAGAGUUCAAGAUUCUCAUUGACUCAGCUGAAUUCAACCAGUUUACAUCACCAAUUUACAAACCUUAUUUACCCAAAAGCGUACAACCAAAUUGUUAUUCGCAAUUCACAAACUUUAGCUUCAAACAUCCCACCUCAUUGAGUAAAUUUCAAUCACACUGGAACAAAAUCAGAGCUUAUUACGGGUUCAAGAGUUUAACUGAUGAAAUCAAAAAAUUGUCUCUACAGGAUUCGUCGCCAGAAGUUGCCACUUUGCUUACUGAGUUAACAUUUGUUUUGUUUUACGGAUACUACUAUGGUUUGACUCCAGCUGAGAAUUUGAUUGCUGAGAGUUGUUUAUUUGAAAUUGGUUGGAAACCAUACAAGAGCCAAUUUGAAGCCAACAAUAGGAGUCCAUCACCAUUUGGAGAUGCUUCUGUAGAGAAGAAACUGGGCCAGGGUCAAACUCUGUAUUGGUUCAAGAGGUUGAAGCUUAUAUCGAAUGACGCAACCGAGGGACAACAGCAGGCGACUUUUGAGUUUGGUGAUUAUCAAGUGUUUGAUCUAAACUUUUGGGAGAUUUUUGUAAAGUACGGAUUCAAGCUUGAGUACGGCUUGUGUCAAACAGCACCUUCAAAGACAUUAUUUUAA